AAGCGACCUGCCGCCCGCCCGGCUGGCGUCUCCGAGCCGCUGGUAUUCCCGCCGCGCGGAGCGAGCGCCGCCACCGAGGGUCGCCGGUCGCCGGAGCCAUGACCCUACGCCGACUCAGGAAGCUGCAGCAGAAGGAGGAGGCGGCGGCCGCCCCGGACCCCGCCGCCAGGGCUCCCGACUCGGAAGUCGCUCCCGCCGCUCCGGCCCCGACCCCGGCCUCCGGUCCCCGUGCUGCAGCCGCCAGCCCCGGAGCCCCCGGGGACGAGCUGUACGCGGCGCUGGAGGACUAUCACCCGGCCGAGCUGUAUCGCGCGCUCGCCGUGUCCGGGGGCACCCUGCCCCGCCGAAAGGGCUCAGGAUUCCGCUGGAAGAAUCUCAGCCAGAGUCCCGAACAGCAGAGGAAAGUGCUGACUUUGGAGAAGGAGGAGAACCAGACCUUCGGCUUUGAGAUCCAGACUUACGGCCUUCACCACCGGGAGGAGCAGCGGGUGGAGAUGGUGACCUUUGUCUGCCGGGUUCAUGACUCCAGCCCUGCCCAGCUGGCUGGGCUCACACCAGGGGACACCAUCGCCAGCGUUAAUGGCCUGAACGUGGAAGGUAUCCGGCAUCGAGAGAUUGUUGACAUCAUUAAGGCGUCUGGCAAUGUUCUCAGGCUGGAAACUCUGUAUGGGACGUCAAUCCGGAAGGCUGAAUUGGAGGCACGUCUGCAGUACCUAAAGCAAACCCUGUAUGAGAAGUGGGGAGAAUACAGGUCCCUAAUGGUCCAAGAGCAGCGGCUGGUGCACGGCCUGGUGGUGAAGGACCCGAGCAUUUAUGAUACAUUGGAGUCCGUGCGCUCCUGCCUGUACGGCGCGGGCCUGCUCCCGGGCUCGCUGCCCUUCGGCCCCCUGCUGGCCGCGCCCGGGGGUCCCCGCGGGGGCGCGCGGCGGGCUGGGCGCGACGCGGACGACGCCGUCUACCACACGUGCUUCUUCGGGGGCGCGGAGCCGCCCGCCCCGCCGCCGCCGCCCCCGCCCCCCACCCGCGCGCCGGGCCGGGGCCCCGCCGAGGCUCUGGCGUCCGCGCCCCGGGCCGCGCUGAGCCGCAGCGCCAGCGUGCGGUGCGCGGGCCCCGGGGGCGGCGGCGGCGGCGGCGGCGGCGGCGGGGCGCCGGGCGCGCUCUGGACUGAGGCCCGCGAGCAGGCCCUGUGCGGCCCCGGCCUGCGCAAAGCCAAGUACCGCAGCUUCCGCCGGCGGCUGCUCAAGUUCAUCCCCGGACUCAAUCGCUCCCUGGAGGAGGAGGAGAGCCAGCUGUAGGGGCGGGGCGGGCGGGGGAGGUAUUUAUUUAUUUAUUCGUUCCAGCCAGUGCAAAAAGGGGGCGGGGGGAAGGGGCGGGGGGCUGGGUCCGAGGGGACCCCAGGAGCCCAGCGCAGCAGCGGGAGAGGGUCCUUGCCAGCCCCAGCUGGCCUGCCGGUGCCUGGCUGCCUCUGCGGACCGCUGACCCCAGGCCCCAGUACCCUUUACUCCUCCUCCCCUAAACCACAGUGGGAGGCGGGGCAGGGAGAACCAGGCGAGCUUGGGUUGGGAGAGGUUUGGGGGCGUUCAUCCUACAUCUGGGUCAGUAGUGCCUUGUGGGGUGUCCAGGGAAACAACUCCCCUGGAGGGGAGGAACCCUGUCCCACGAAGCCCUCUCCUCAGCUUUACUUGCUCCUCACCCUUGGCCUGGGGCGGCAAUGGCCGAUGGCCGGUCGCUCGCCCACCCUCCACACACAUACAGAGUUCCAGUUAACCGGCCAAAGGUGCUGGUCCCCCUCCUUCCCGGCCUUGACCCCUAAGGGCUUGGCCCCCUCCCAGGGGCCUAUAACUAAGUUGGGUCCUGCCGGGCAGGGGUCCUGGGUUCUCUAACCCUUGGGGGACAGGAAUGGGCAUGUCCAGUUGGGUGGGGGCAGCACAGACUGUUCCAGCAUUUUGCAUAUUGUUGCUUCUGAACCACAAACUGUAUAAAAUUGAUGGUUUUUUGCA